AGGAUCCAGCUGAGGGAGGAUCCAGGAACACUGCCAGCUGUCUGUCUGACUGUCUGUCUGUCUGUCUCUCUGUCCGUCUGUCAGUAAAACUCCACAAACAUCAGCUCGACACACAGCAGGAAGAACAACUCACCGUCGACAUGGCACAGUAUUCAGACCUCGAGAAAGCCAUCGACACGCUGGUCACCCAGUUCCACUCUGCUUCAGCCGACAACGGUCCGACGCUGAAAACUGAUGAAUUCAAAGGUCUUCUGUCCUCCCAGAUGCCGAACCUCGUCAAGAUGGGCGGAGAGCAGGGAAUCGGGGACAUCAUGCGGAAGAUGGGUGUAGGUGACGGCGAGGGCAUCUCUUUCAAGCAUUUCUGGAACUUAAUCCAGUCGGUAGCCACCUCACAGCACGGCCUCCUCGCAAACCAGAUGGGCAGCUCCAAAUGCAGCUGCAUCAUCAUGUGAAGAGUCUCCGCCUCAACACAUCAGCUCCGAGUUUCCACCCCGGGGUUUUUACUACUCUCCUAAUCCGGUGUCGGACAGAAUACAAAGUAUAGUACAGAAAAAGGUCUGCACACAGCAAGCUGUUGUUUCCAACAUUUCUGACUAAAACAUUCCAGUUGUUUAAAUGCUGUGAUCUCUUAUCUGACAGGUUUCCACAUCACACCACACCGCCCAGCAGCCUUUGCUCCAGUUAAAGCUCAAAUUCAGUCUAGUUUGCAUUUAAAUCCUCACGUUGUUCCUAAAUUCUAAACUACAGUUUCACCCAUCUCACAAUAAAAUAAUCGAAUCAUCUCGAUGCCAGAUAACAUCUAUUUGUCCAUCAUGAAUUAAGUACUUGGAGGUAUUGAAGUUAUUUUAUUUUACAUACUGCACAUGUUAAUAAAGGCAAUCAGAUUAAUGCUAGCAUGUUAUCAGCCACAGAAGGUAAGCUGUCCUUCUCUGGUGUAUUAGUUACUUGACUCUCUAAAGGGUUCAGUAUGCUUGAAACACACAUAUAAACGUUGGUUUAUGACGUCGGUAUGCUUCAGAAGAAACCCUCUUCAUCAUCUUCAUCUUUCUAUCAUGUGAGGCUUCUCAGAACAGCUAACACUUCUGCCCUCAAAACAAAUUUGUUUGAUGAAUAUUAAACCCCUCAGACACUAUUAAACCAUCCAACCAGCAGAGGCCUUUUAACAGCGAUUUGGAAUUUAACUGGUGCAACAGGCGCUCGGCGUUGUCAUCGUCGCGUUGGGCGUUGUCAUCGUCGCGCUCGGCGUUGUCAUUGUAAUUAACGUAGUCACUUCCCUUUAUUUGCUCCAGUUAUUUUUCCACGUAUAAAUAUUGUAUGUGAUGGUUGCCUUCAAAUGAUGUUUACUUCUCUAAUAACAGGAGGAUGAAUGUUCCUCUGUUGUGGUAUUCACCACUUCAUGAGUACAUUUUCUAAUAGCUCAUCUCACUAGUUAACCACAUAAAUGCCAAGCGUAUGGUUUAUAUAUAGUGUAGUCAACUUUGCAUGUCAAAAAAGUCACGAGUACCAUUUUGAUCAGCUUGAGUGUCAUCAAACAUCCUCAGAAACGUUGAACAAAUGUUGUCGAAUUUAACUUUCAGAAGCUUUGAAACAUUUAGAAUUUCUUCCUUUUGUGCAGAACUGACUCCGAUUGUGUUUAAUGACAGUUUACACAGUAUAUUAAACCUUGUCUUUAAAUAUGCAAUACUAAUCAUCUCAACUUUAUCUCAUGUAUGUCAGUAACAAAACACAAAAAGUUUACUUUGGAUUGUUUCUAAAUGUCAGUGUGUGUUUGACUUUCAUCUGGUGACAGUUCAAAUUGAGUCUUUAUAGUCAGUCCUUUUUAUAAUGUUCUACACAGUAAUGCUUUACCCUCUGCGAUCCUGCAUUUUCUAUGUAUUUAUAUUUUGUAAUUCUCUGUAUUCUGACCUGUGUGACACCAUAAAGAAACAUUAUGUAAUAAACAUACAAAGAAAUCA